GCCUUCUAGGUCGUAGCUCAGACGACGAAGAGGAUCAGUCACGCGCACAAACUCGAAAGUACACACACAAGAGAGAUGGCAGUCAUGGAGAAGCUCAGGAUGUUCGUCGCUCAGGAGCCUGUCGUCGCAGCUUCUUGCCUCAUCGCCGGCGUUGGACUCUUCCUUCCCGCUGUAGUAAGGCCAAUUCUAGAUUCCUUUGAAGCUUCUAAGCAAGUCCCUCAGCCUGCUUUAAGUGAUGUGGUUGCAGGUAUGACAGGUAAAAAAUAGCGGUGAUAUGAUUUAUCGGUACAGGCAACAAAAUUCGAACGAUUUCCCUGUGUCAUUUUUCCAUUUUCUUGAGCAUUGAAAUAAGCAUGACAAACUUGUAUGGAGACAGUGAUGCUGCAUGUUGAAUAUUAUCCUUUUUGUUACAAGCAGAUGAUUGGUUU